UCCGCGCGGUGCUGCGGCUGCCGAGCUGAAUGAGAUUGAAGAAGAGUUCUUCUUGUUUUGUAGCUUCAGUUUUCUCUGUUUUUUUACUCCAAUCUGCUGAAACUAAACAUAAAAUACGGCAACAACACAAAGCUGUGCGCGCAGUGGAGAGCGUGCACGUGCGUGCGCUGCGGUUGCGCCGCGGAUCGGCUUCUUUACAUUUAUAUAUUUAAUUACUCCAGAGGAGGACUGCUGCUCAGGGCAGCACAGAGGGGUGGAGUGCAGUCCCACAGUCAGGUGCGGCACUUUAAUGCUUCAGUUGGAUGGUUUUCCUACUGGAGUUGGUGUUAAGGCUGAUCGAUCAGCUGGCAGACUGACUGGAUCCAUGAUGGAGCUCCAGACGUUGCAGGAGGCCCUGAAGGUGGAGAUCCAAAUCCAUCAGAAACUGGUUGCCCAGAUGAAGCAGGACCCUCAGAACGCAGAUCUGAAGAAGCAGCUCCACGAACUUCAAGCCAAGAUCACGGCACUCAGCGAGAAGCAGAAGAAGGUGGUGGAGCAGCUGAGGAAGGAGUUGUUGUUGAAACAGGAGCCGGAGGCCAAGCUGCAGCUACUCGUUCAAACUCCUCCAGGAGGCGUCAACAUCAAGCCGACCAACCUGCUGCAGAGCCAGCAGCUACCUGGAGGACUGCAGCAGACCCUGACGGUCACGCCAGUCCUCACCACGAAGACUCUACCUCUGGUGCUGAAAGCUGCCGGCGCUCCGCCCGGCUCUGUCCUGCCGCAACGCCUGCCCACUGUUGCUAUGGUAACCACAGCCAUCACCAAACCCGACUUGCAGAACGCCCCCAUCAACCUGCAGGUGGCCGGAAAGCUGACCAGUCAGAGCUCAGAGCCGGUGCGACUGGUAUCCAAGAACGCCAUCGUGGUGCAGGCCACUCCCACCACCACCCAGCCAAUCAAAGUUCCUCAGUUUGUCACUCCUCCUAGACUGACGCCUCGACCUACCUUUCAGCCACAGGUCCGGCCCAAACCGGCCACGCCCACCAACGUCCACAUCGCCCCGGCCCCGCCCCCGCCCAUGAUGGCGGCCCCCCAGCUGCUCCAGAGGCCGGUCAUGCUGGCCACCAAGCUGUCGUCCUCGCUGCCCUCGGCGGCGCCCAUCCACCAGGUCCGCAUCGUGAACGGCCAGCCCUGUGGCAGGGCAGGCUCCGCCCCCCUGACGGGCAUCGUCAUCACCACGCCGGUCUCCGCUAGCCCCGCCCGCCUCGCCAGCCCCGCCCAGGCGCCCGGCCUCACCCCGACCCACGCCAAGCCCAUCCAGAUCAGCAGCUUGACCCCUGAGCCCAAGCAGACUGUUAAAUCCGGAGGAGGAACCGAGCAGAAGGUCGUGGUCAGCCUCCUCUCCUCCUCCACUCCUCCGCUGUCUCCUCCUCCCCCCCGACCCAAGAGAGAGGAGAACCCGGAGAAACUGGCCUUCAUGGUGUCUCUGGGCCUGGUGACUCACGACCACCUGGAAGAGAUUCAGAGCAAGAGGCAGGAGCGCAAGAGGAGGACGACGGCCAACCCGGUGUACAGCGGCGCCGUGUUCGAGCCCGAGAGGAAAAAGAGUGCCGUGAGUUACCUGAACAGCCCUCUGCACCUGGGGACCAGGAAGAGAGGUCGCCCACCCAAAUACAGCAGCGUCCCGGAGCUGGGCAGCCUCACCCCGACCUCCCCCUCCAGCCCCGUCCGUCCCCUCCCCCUGCCCAGCCCCAGCUCUGGGGAUGGAGACAUCCAUGAGGAUUUCUGCACUGUGUGCAGACGCAGUGGCCAGUUGCUCAUGUGCGACACGUGUUCUCGUGUUUAUCACCUGGACUGCCUGGAUCCACCCCUGAAAACCAUUCCUAAAGGCAUGUGGAUCUGUCCAAAAUGUCAAGAUCAGAUCCUGAAGAAAGAAGAAGCCAUUCCCUGGCCUGGUACUCUGGCUAUUGUUCAUUCCUAUAUCGCCUACAAAGAAGCUAAAGAAGAGGAGAAACAGAAGUUGAUGAAAUGGAGCGCUGAACUGAAACUGGAGCGUGAGCAACUGGAACAGAGAGUCAAACAGCUCAGCAGCUCUAUAACGAAAUGCAUGGAGACCAAAAACACCAUCCUGGCUCGUCAGAAAGACAUGCAUCUUUCCCUGGAGAAGGUCAAACACCUGAUUCGCCUCAUCCAAGCCUUCAAUUUCAACCAAGCUCUGGCGGAGACAGAGGGUAAGGACGUCCGUGCCAGAAGCCAGGACAGUGCUGAAGGUGCAGUCGGCUCUGAAGCCGCACCAGAAGCCAACUCUGUAGAGAAAGUGAAGGCUGGAAACUCUUCAACCAGCAGCAACACCGACGGAAACGACAAACACGAGGAGCACGGAGCCGUGGUGAACAGCCAGACGACGGGAGCAGCAGGAGCAGACACCGACAGCCAGGUUUUCCGAGAGGACAGCGCGGUUCUAACAACAGAUAACAGCCCCAGUGGAGAGGCAGGGGGUAAGGCAGGGCCUGGUGACGGGGCAGGGGGAGGCGGGGAGGGAGGGGGAGACACAGGGACUAGUGUCCAGGUGAAGGUUGUGGCCAAACCUGAGACUGAGGCCGCCCCGGUGGUUGACAAUCCCGCUCCCUCAGUGAUUGCGACUGUGGCCACCACCAACGGUACGGCCGAGCCGGCCUGCUCCGACGUCAGGCCCGCAGGAGCCUGCACCGCCAACGCCGACUCUGAGAACAAGAUGGCCGUGGUCAACCCCCCAGAGACGGCGGUGGAAAAGAAGCAGGAGGAGAUCACUGACAGUGAUGGCAAAAGCAACAACAACAACAGCAAAACCUCAGAACCCUCCCAGCAUUCUUUGCCAGCUCUUGUCAGCAGUUUGGACAAUAAAAAGUAAUGCUCCUUCUCUUGAGUUGCGGGAAUUCAAACAUAUAUAUAUAAAAAAAAAGACUUUUGCUUGCACCUUGUACGGUGUCCUGAAGUUGCCAAUCUGUAUAAAUGUUGUUUGUUUGCAUUGUAUUGUCAGACUGUGUCAAUGGUAGAUAUACAACCCAAGUCACAUGACUCUGGGAAGACGUAGGCUGCCCCCCCCCCCCCCCCCAC